AUGAAGAUUAACACCUGUCUCUCCGUGGCUACAAGCCUGGCGCUUUCACCUGCCCUGGCUGACUCCUGCACUCCUUUUCCUUCCUCCGUUGUUCCCUUUUCGAGCGAUUUCAAACAACCAGAACCGCCGCUAGUCAAAUCCGAAUUUCAGACACAGUUUGUCCAGCAUAAGUGGAACCAAAACCUGUCUCACAUCACAACCGGAUACAUCGUCAACUCUCCCUCCAAAGGUUUCGUUCGGGUCGAUCAAGCAAACGAUGAGGGGUUUGGGACCUCGCUAUUCAACUAUGCAAACGUCACCGAUGAUGGCCAGGUCGAUAACAUCCUUACAAUGUAUACUGCCAACUCUACGACUCCGAACAUCUGGCAGGGUUAUGUGAACUCAAACUUCCCCAUAUUUCAGGAAGACAUUUUGGUCCAGGCUGGUGCUGUGUUCAGCGGCCUUGUGAAGAGAACCUUUUUGGCAGAUCAAGUUGCCGCAUGGAACAUGAUGUACCAGGGAGUGAUUCCUGUGACUGUAUUCGUCAACACCUGCAAUGUUGUCGUUGGAUAUGACUACUUUGCGCCAGUGGAGAGAACUCGCGUUAUCACCGAGUUUUUCAACCUCAUGGCUGAGUAA